GUAUUAGUCUCGCCAUACACUUGUGCACGCAAUACGACAUCUCCCAGUCGCAUACCGCCUCACCGACAACAUGCUCUUCACCUCAGCCCUCGGCGCAGUCGCCCUGCUCGCGGCGGAGGCAGCAGCACACGGCGCUGUCACCAGCUACAUCAUCGCUGGCAAGGAAUACCCUGGCUACCAAGGCUUCUCCCCCGCCAACUCCAAGAACGUGAUCCAGCGGCAAUGGCCGGACUACAACCCCAUCAUGUCGUGCAGCGACGCCAAACUGCGGUGCAACGGGGGCACCUCGGCAACACUGAGCGCGACGGCGGCCCCCGGCGACGAGGUGACCGCCGUCUGGCAGCAGUGGACGCACAGCCAGGGCCCCAUCCUCGUGUGGAUGUACAAGUGCCCCGGCGAUUUCAGCUCGUGCGACGGGUCCGGGUCGGGAUGGUUCAAGAUUGACGAGGCGGGUUUCAGCGGUGAUGGUGUCAAGGUUUUCCUGGAUACUGAGAGGCCGUCCGGAUGGAAGAUUGCGGAGCUUGUGGGCGGGAAUAAGAAGUAUACUAGCAGGAUUCCGAGGGGCCUCGCACCGGGCAACUACCUCAUCCGCCAUGAGUUGAUUGCCCUGCACCAGGCCAACAACCCGCAGUUCUAUCCCGAGUGCGCCCAGAUUACCGUCACGGGCUCCGGCACCGCGCAGCCGAAUGCCUCGUACAAGGCGGCUAUUCCCGGAUACUGCAGCAACACCGACUCCAACAUUCGGGUGCCCAUCAACGACCACUCGAUUCCCCAGACUUACAAAGUCCCCGGCCCGCCCGUGUGGACGGGUGCCUAAAUGCGUAAGGACUAUGCCACGUAAAAGGAGCGUGGUAAGGCGAGAAUGGAAGUUUGCUUUGGCGAAGCAUAAGCGAUUUGUAUGGGAGAUUGCAUGCCGCUGAUCCUCGACUGACUGUAUGGGGUGGCUGUACGUAGGUAGAUUAUGACUGGGCUCGUGUUAACAGCACAGCCUGGUAGUCAAUAAUGGGCAACAUUCCCGUCCUAUCUGCAACCAGCUGUAGAGCGACCUUACAUGUAG